CACACGCGACGCCUGCGCGGCGACAAGCAAGCAGCCAAGCCGCGACGCACUUGUGCCGUCGAGGGCAUCUUGCGAGACGCCAUUCGUCGGGGAAGGCGUACUGCUAUAGGCGCCGGCGACCUUCUAUCCUGCCUCGCGCGUGGAACGAAAGAUGCAGCACUAUGAACAGUAUCACGAAGUCGACGGCUAUUACAUCAGCAAGAGCUUUCCAGUAGAAUGCGUCCGCUCGGCGCUCCGCUACAAGGCGCAACCGGGCGACCUGUUCAUCGUCAGCUACCCCAAGUGCGGGACAACGUGGAUGCAGCACAUCGUUUAUAACAUCAUAAAUGGCCAUCCACCUCCCAAAAACCAGCUGUUGAGCUGGAUAGAGAUGCCAUUCCUCGAAGCCCAAGGAGCCGAAUCUGUCCAGGACAUGAAGAGACCGGGUCCAAUAAAGACACACAUGGCUUUCCGAUUCCAACCCUACUCCAAAGACGCCAAGUACAUCUACGUAGCGAGAAACCCGUACGACUGCUGCGUGUCUUAUUUCUACCACACCAAGCACAUGCCCGAGUACCACUUCGAAGACGGCACGUUCGAUCAGUUCUUCGACAUGUUUGUUGAAGGCAGGGUUGACUUUGGCGACUACUUCGACCAUUUGCUCUCUUGGUACGCACACAGAGACGAUCCGAACGUCUUGUUCGUAACCUACGAGCAGCUUAAGAAGGACAUCAAUGCUUGGGUCGUGAAUAUUGCUGAUUUCAUUGGGGAAGAGUUCGGCCAGAAGCUGCGGAGUGACAACAGUCGGUUAGAGAACGUAUUACUGAGCAUUAGCAUUAAGAGCAUGAAGGAAACUGUCAACGAUUCUAUGAAAGCCUUAUUCGAUGAUCUCGAGACCGCACUCGGUAGAAAGGUGCCCAAAUGGAUCGAACUUAUGAGGGAAUCGAUAGGAGCUGACGCCUGCGAUAGGCCAAUGACAGGCGAUUUUGUUCGCAAAGGCGUCGUCGGUGAUUGGCGGAACCACUUCUCGGAAGACCAGGUGAAGCGAUUAAAGAAGCGAAUUCAUGAGAAGACGCUAGGCAGUGAUGUCAUGGAUUUGUGGAAGGACGCCGAUAUUCCGCACUGAGUGUUUAAUGCUAAACUUCGGGUGAUUUCGCGAGACUCGUGCUGGUGAUGAAAUGCGAACGUAUGAAGUAAAGCUUCCUUACGCUUGUUGAUGGUCAUUUAAAUAUUUUGCACUGGUAUAAAAUAAACGAGAAUGCUAGGGGAAUUUUCGCAGAAAUCGAGGUUGCAAGAUUCCAUCAGAACCAUUACAGUUCAACAAUUGUACGAGCUCUUCUGUUUGCCAAUGCCUCAUGUGUGUCAUGUGGUCGCUAAUGUUCUUGAACCUUGCUAGCUCUCUUGUAACUUUCUAGCGCAGUUGUCCAUAAAAAAAUGUUAGUCUGUUCCCUUCUAUUCACACAGCCACAAUAACGCUGCUUGUACAAACUGGUGGCAAAAGACGACAUGGACCUACCUUCUGACCUGCUCGCAAGUACUCUGUUUACUCUAGUUUAAGUUGAUAGCCAGAAAUUGCGAAGUCCAAGAAAAAAAAAAGGGGGGUGGGUUGCUGUAAGCGUAGCGCAGCAGUAGCACAAUGGGCAGAUGUUCUUAGCCAUGUCACGCUAGCUGCAAAAUGUUCAUGUUUUCCCUACUGGACAUCAAAAGGUCUUACUCUUUUGAGCCAA